UUUCCCCCCUCCUCCCCGAGACCCGUUUAGCCGCGCGCCUAACUGUCAGCUUUUUCCACGAGAAGGGAAUUGUAAAUUUAACACGGCACACAUGGUAUUUUAAAUCUGACAUCACAGGAAUAACAGUAGGCACACGCUGCAGAUAGGUUUUCAUUCAAAUGUAAGGUAAUAGCUGCGUUUCAUCACCAAAAGAAAGUCCGUGAAUGAGUCUCUCGUGGGGAAAUAUAGAUGUUUAAAGGCAUCGGCUUCCUAAAACGUUAUCCGAUGUGAAAUAUAACGCUGACAGAACUGCAGAGUUUUUCCAGCACGUUCUGCUUUUAUUUCAAAUUAGCAACACAUCUUGUUUUUGGCUUGAGUGGCCCCUGUACAGUGCAGACGCUCUGCAGUUACUCCCCAAACAGCGCCAUCUGUUGACAGUUGGAGGGAGGGGGAAUGAGUGAACUCAUAGCCGCGUUCAGAGCGCAUGCGUGAGUUGUUGACUUCAGCGAAGAAGAAAAACAAAGGAAGCGAAGCACAAAAUCCUGGAGCAUCUCUGCAGUGUUUGCAGCUUCCUCUAGGAAAACAGGCUGGUGAGCGAACUGGUAUUCAUCACACUCUUCAAGGUCAUCAAGAUGUUGGACAGACUUUGGGAAGGACAGCUGGUUUUUGUUGAGCUUGGACCGACAUGUGAGAACCUGAUCAGGACUCGACGUGAAUACCACAGAACUGGACAGCUUAAUGAAUUGAUUUUUGGAAAGCUGUAUUUACACUUGAAGCUUAAAUUACAUUGCAUUGGAUUUGCUUGAGAUUUCCACAGUACUUAGACUUGCCCAUUGUAAAUGCUGAAAAUUUCAUUCUUUUCCAUGAAGCACUCAGGUUUAACACUAAGUUUGGUUUUCAACUGCUGUACACUUGUUAGCGCAUUAUAUAAUAGUACAAAUCACAGUUAUGUCAGUACGGAAAGGACCAUUUCUACAGCAAAUGCAGGAUCACAUCAUCUUUCAAGCCUACCAGCACAUCAUGACAUAAUAGUGAAAGAAGGAACCAGUGUAUUAAUUGACUGCAAUGUGAACAGCAGCCAGUUGCGCAGUGUACUGUGGUACAACUCAAAGGGAGAUCUCUUGGAGGAAACAGGAGAACUAGAUGGAAAAUGGCUUAUUUUGGACAGUGGAGAGCUAAACAUCACCAGAAUUACGUUUGCCGAUCGAGGUCGUUAUACAUGCGUCUCAACAAACUCUCAUGGAACCUUAAAUUAUACAGUCACCCUGCGUGUUGUCUUCACCACCGGUGACAUGGGUGUUUAUUAUAUGAUCGUUUGCCUCAUUGCUUUCACAAUUGUUAUGAUAUUGAACAUCACUCGCCUCUGCAUGAUGAGCAGUCAUCUGAGGAAAACUGAAAAAGCUAUCAAUGAUUUCUUUAAGAUGGAAGGAGCAGAAAAAUUGCAAAAGGCAUUUGAAAUUGCAAAGCGCAUUCCUAUCAUUACAUCUGCAAAGACGCUUGAACUAGCCAAAGUAACUCAGUUCAAGACCAUGGAGUUUGCCAGGUACAUUGAAGAACUUGCUCGAAGUGUUCCUCUACCACCUCUUAUCUUGAACUGUAGAGCAUUUGUAGAGGAUAUUAUUGAAGCUGUAUGGAUGGAAGAUGCAGAACAGGCCACGAAUGAAGAAAAUAAAGAAGGACAGACAGUUAGGGGCACUGACGAUAUUUACACUAUUGAUACUGAAAUACAACGCAGCAGUUCACCUGCAGGUGAAUCAGAUGACUCAUAUGCACAUGAGGAAUGCCAAGAGAUUGCAGUUCAAGUUUCAGUACAUUCUCAAUCGGAAAAACAGAGCAUUGACACACUAUCUCAAGGAAGCAGUCAACUUGAAAGUAGUGAAGAGAACUUACCCAAGAUACAAAAAAGCAAACCAGAUGGUGUAGUGUAUGAAAGCCAUAUAUAGAUUGUGUAAGGUAUCUUUCAUAUCGAUUAUGAAGGAAAUGUUCAGUGUGCAGAGGCAAACCUAAAACUGGUUUGCUGACAUGUUAUAAAUGGACCAGAAGGCAAUUAUAUUCAACCCACAGCAGAAUUGUAUGUAAUUGUCAACGUAAUGUUACUUUUAAUAGAAAUAUGUGUGUAGUUUGUCACUUGUAGACUGCUGCUGAAGAGGUUAAUAGCUGUUUGUAUCUAGAAGAUGCAAGGUAUGAGUAAACCUUUUUAUCAUCGUUAAGUAGUUGUUGUUUGAGAAUCGUGCUCUUAUUUAAUAGAUGUAAAGAUGAUUUGACUGCAUUUAUGAAAAUGAGAGGGUUGUUGUGUAGUGGUAAGUCACCAAUACAUUGCAAUCUCAUUGAAAUUAACAUACUUGGUGCAUAUGUUAUUGAUAAGCAUCAUAAUAAACUUAAAGUUUUAAUCGUAAGGAAAAUACCUAAAAUCUCAUGAUUUUCUAGCCACUUUUGCAGUCCUCUGAGAUUCAGACCAGCCUUGAGGACAGGACCUGCCCAGUGUAGUUUAAACCAAGUAUUUAUGCUGUGGUUCAUUAUUUCCCUAGCAAUCCCAACCCACCAAAUCAUACGCUGCAGACUUGAAAAAAGUAAUGUAAGCCCAUGAUUGUCCAGAAGAUCCACAUGGUAAGGUUUACCCUUCCUGGUUACAGUUGCACACUAUUGUUUUUGAAAUACCAAAAAAGAUUAGCAGCGCUGUUUCUUUUCGGUCUUCAAAAGUAUAUUUUAACAUGCAUUUCACAAUGUCUGUUUUGCUACAGUGAGGUUUGGAAGGAUUUUUGCCUGAAUUUAUUGUAUGUUCAAGUGCAUGGUUCUCUUCUGAUGUGUCCUUAAGUAAUUGGUAUAUUGAAUUAAUUAUUUUCUACAUAGUACAUGCAACUGUUUCUGCACACUUUAUUCCUCUUGCUCGCAUUUGUCUGCCAAUCCAAACACUUUAGUCUAGCAGCUCCUGAAUCAAAUCUUUGAUGAAAUAAUAAGUCUUACUUUACCACUUAUACACUUUCUCAAUUGUACUUCGGAGUGAUUUGUUACAAAGUUGGAGAAAUCUUGUACAAAUGCAGUGGUGCUUUAAAUUGAAUAUUCAGUAAACUGCAUAAAUAGAUUGACUCAAUACCUCCAUCCAUUUUCACUUUACCUUUUUGACAGGUAAACAUUAUUAUUUUUAUUUCUUCAGUCAGCUUAGUUAUAUUUCAUGUUCUUCCAUGUAUGUAAAUGAUGUUUAAAUUCAUAGUAGCACAGAUUAAUUCAACAACCAGCAGCAGUCUUCAAGACUGCUCACAGCAUUUCACAUUUUAUUUCCCUUCAUUUCACUGAAAUGUUCUUUUAAUCUUUAAAUGAUGGCUAAUAUAACUUAAAUUUCAUGGAUCUAUUUUUCCAUCUUCAGCAGUUUGGAAAUGUUAGUCAUGUAUACACUUUUGUAGCUAAAAUAAAUAUUCUUUAAAGUUGCAAUUUCAACUGUCAUUCUGUGAUACAGCUUUCUAUGAAGUAAAAGUUGUUCAUAACUGAUGCUGAAAUUGUUUUGCAGUUUGGUACAUUAAAUAAUUUCUCCCAUAUACA